UAUGAGAAAAAGGGAAAGCUAAGGAUGCUGGAGCAGAACAAUGGAUUUCUCUUUCUCUUUCAUGCAAGGGAUCAUGGGAAACACAAUUCAGCAACCACCUCAACUCAUUGACUCAGCCAACAUCCGCCAAGAGGAUGCCUUUGAUGCCAGCAGUGACAUUGCUGAAGAUGGUGGACAGACACCGUACCAAACUGCCCUGCAGCAAGGCUUCCAGUACCCCACGCCCACCGCCGAGGACCUCCCACCCAUCACCAACGGCUACCCACCAACAAUCAACGUCUACGAGCCUCAAGCCAAAUACCAGACGUACACUCAAUAUCCCAAUGGUUCUGCCAAUGGUUUUGGUACAGUCAGGAACUUUAGUCCCCCAGAAUAUUACCAGAUGGAAAACUCGAACACAAGGUCACACGAAGUUCUGGAAAAACCAUCCCCUCCGCAGCCGCCGCCUCCACCGCCACCUUCAGUUUCACAAACGGUGAUUCCAAAGAAAACUGGCUCACCAGAGAUCAAAUUAAAAAUAACCAAAACUAUCCAGAACGGCAGGGAAUUGUUUGAGUCCUCUCUGUGCGGGGACCUGUUAAAUGAAGUACAAGCCAGUGAGUAUGCUAAGGCAAAACACGAGGGGAGGAAAGAGAAAAGGAAAAAAAGUAGCAAGCACGACUCUUCCCGGUCGGAAGAGAGAAAGUCACACAAAAUUCCAAAAUUAGAACCAGAGGAGCAAAAU